AUGGCAUCGACGAGUCCAGAUCCGACAGUGAUGGAAGCUAUCGAAAGGGGAAAUGUCGUCGUCUUUUUCGAUGUGUCUUUGGGGGAGUCAGGCGACAACGAGACGCCGUUGGGACGGAUCAAAAUCGAACUUUUUCAACAGGAUUGUCCGAAAACAUGCGAGAACUUUCGACAGUUUUGCACCGGAGAAUUCUUGCAGAACGAACAACCUACCGGCUACAAGAACAGUAUCUUUCAUCGCGUCAUUAAAGGCUUCAUGAUUCAAGGUGGAGACUUUGUCAAUCACGACGGCUCGGGAAAAAUGAGCAUAUACGGCGCAACCUCCUUCCCGGACGAAAACUUUCUGCACAAGCAUGAUCGACCCGGCCUUCUAUCAAGCGCCAACAGUGGACCGAACACAAACGGAUGUCAAUUUUUUAUCACCUGUGGUAAAGCCGACUGGCUUGACGGUAAACACGUGGUAUUUGGUCAGGUUUUGGAUGCAGACAGCAUGUUGACGGUACGAAAGUGUGAAGCGGCUCCAGUGAAUGGGAGCGAGCCGCGUUUACCAAUCCGCAUUGUGCAAUGUGGAGAGCUAUAG